CAUCGGACCACGACUGUUUCCGGUCGUGAUUCUCAUAGUUAUCAAAAACGUGAUCUGCUAAAAAUCGGGCAAAGUCGGAAACCGUUGCCUCAAGAAGGCGAUUUUAUCAAGUUGAAAUUCUGCAAAGAUUUGCAUUCGGUCUCAUUAGGAUCCGUCCACGGUGAACGAUGGUACAAGAGAUUCAAGAAGAUGAUGCCCAAUGACCAAACGUCAGCCUGA